AUGGCCGGCUCGACCCGUGCCAGUUCGCGUCAUCCGUCGCAACCACCCCCACCUCCCGGCACCAUCGACCCGAGCUUCCUCAUCACCCUCAACCCGACCACCUCCACCGCCCGCAUGACGAGAACGUCCUCACUCAACGCCCACAACGGCCCACCCGCGCCGACCGAGUCUCACAAGAAGGCGCGUCGCGUCGUCGACACUUCGGACGACGAGGAGUACAGCAACAAAGUUGGGCAAGGCGAUGAUGUGAUGGAGCAAGAUGAACAGAACGACGACGAGGACGAGGACGAGGACGAGGUGAAACCCAAGGCCAGGAAGGGAGCGCGAGCGGUCGUCCAAUCGGAUGACGAAGACGAUUUCAAGCUCGACCCGGCAGUCAAGAUCGCCACCACCACCGCUUCCGGUCGACGCACCUCACGCCCCGUCGUCUACGAUUCGUCGACCGACGACGAGGAAGAGAAAGAAAAGUUCAAGCAAAAGGGGGCCCUGCGUCGAGGCAGCAAGAAGAAUGGCAGUUACAAGAAGGACGAUUUUGUCGCCAGCGAAGAGGACGACAACGAUAUGUGUGAUAACGACCGUCGAUACGGCUCAUCGAAGCGCAGAACUAGGUCAAAAUUGGGUGGUAACGCGUCAUCGAACGACAGGAAAUCGUCCAAGAGCAAGCGACGCGACAGCGACGUCUCUUUCGACUCGGGCGACGUGACGAGCGAGGACGAGGAUGUCGAAGAACUCAACUUGCACGACGACGAUGAUGAUGAUUCGGACAUCCAACUGGCCAAGGCGAACCAGCCCAGGCAGCUGCGCGAGAAGGGCAAGAUCGACUACUAUCGCCCGCUGGACAUCACUGCUGCGACGAACGGUAAUUCGGGCGAUGGUAAGGGCAAGAAGAAGAAGAAGCGGACGCCUUUCAGUGAAAUGGGCAAGACAGAGUGGUCGGCACUGUACCCGGGAGGCGCAGGAGCUCCUCCGUCGGAUUCUGUAGGUCGCUUCCGCACUUGCUCACCCGAGUCCUUCAAGCGCAGCAGCCGCUGAUCCGGUCGUUUUGACUCCUUCCCUACUCGCAACUAGUCAUCCGACGAUGACGGUGCAAACCCAUUCGGAACACCACGCAAGGGCUCGGCCUUCCCCAUGGGUGCGGCAGGUGGCUUUGGCGGCAUGUUCGCUGGUGGUGCCGCUCCUCUCGAUCUCGCCGGUACACCUUCAAAUCUUGGCAAAGUCGGUGGCCCCGCUGCAUUGGCCGACACGGAUCCCUUGGGCGUGUCAUCAUCGGUCUCGUUCGACUCGGUUGGUGGACUGGGCUCACACAUCCAACAACUCAAGGAGAUGGUCUCGCUGCCGCUUCUGUACCCCGAGGUAUUCGAACGCUUCAACAUAACUCCGCCUCGAGGCGUCUUAUUUCAUGGCCCUCCUGGGACGGGGAAAACCCUGCUCGCUCGCGCUCUCGCUGCGAGUUGCAGUACCGAGGGUCGCAAAAUAUGUAGGCACUGGAGCAGCUGCAGAACUCACGCGGUACUGUACGGAGACUGAUCAGAACUCGGUCCUCUCCACCAGCGUUCUUUAUGCGCAAGGGUGCCGACUGCUUGUCAAAAUGGGUCGGAGAAGCCGAACGUCAACUGCGUCUCUUAUUCGAAGAAGCCAAAAAGUGUCAACCGAGUAUUAUAUUCUUCGACGAGAUCGAUGGUCUGGCACCCGUGCGUAGCAGCAAGCAAGAACAGAUUCAUGCCUCGAUCGUCUCGACGUUGCUCGCGCUCAUGGACGGUAUGGACGGCCGCGGGCAAGUCAUCGUGAUUGGUGCGACGAAUCGACCGGAUGCGAUUGACCCUGCACUUCGACGACCUGGCCGAUUCGAUCGCGAGUUCUACUUCCCUCUGCCGAAUCGAGAUGGCCGACGCAAGAUCAUUGACAUCCACACCUCGGGGUGGAACCCUCCGAUCGCGGACUCGUUCAAGGACGAGCUGGCGAUGCUUACCAAAGGCUACGGCGGUGCCGAUUUGAGGGCACUGUGCACCGAAGCGGCCCUCAACGCCGUGCAGAGGACGUAUCCACAGAUCUACAAGACAAACGAGCGGCUCGUCAUUGAACCUACGACGAUCGAUGUCACUGCUCGCGACUUCGUCAUCUCGCAAAAGAACCUGAUUCCCUCGUCGGCAAGGGCCACCUCAUCGGCCGCCGCGCCCUUGCCUCCGCAGCUCGUGCCCCUCCUUUCCGACUCUCUCGAGGCCGUCAAGACAGCGCUCAAGAGGGUCUUACCGGACGUCAAGAAGGCGAACGUGCUCGAGGAGGCCGAGUAUGAGGAUGACGGAGGUGGAUUCGAAAAGGAAAAGAUGCUGCAAGGUCCGUUUCUCUGUCCCAUUCCUCACAUCUUUUAGCGCGAGUCGUUUGUCUGAUCGGGCCCUAUCUUCUCUGUGCAGCCUACGAGACACUACGCAUCUUCCGACCUCGCAUGCUCAUCUGCGGCGAGACUGGGAUGGGUCAAUCCUACAUCGGUGCCGCAGCCCUUCACCAUCUCGAAGGCUUCCAUGUUCAGGGCCUCGACCUUGCCACCCUCGUGUCGGACUCGGGACGAACAAUGGAAGCUGCAUGUGUACAACUCUUUAUCGAGGCGAAACGCCACAAGCCGUCGAUCUUGUUCAUCCCGAAUCUCAUCACCUGGUGCGAGAGCGUGAGCGAUGCCGUCAAAUCAACGAUCAAGGGCUUGCUUGAGGGGCUUGAUCCAUCGGACCCGAUCUUGUUGCUCGCGAUCGUUGAUGGCAAACUCGACGAACUGCCGUCCGAUGUUCGUAGUUGGUUCGGCUUCGUCAAGAACAACCGCGUUGUACUUGGGAAACCGAGCUCGGCGCAACGCAGGACCUUUUUUAACGAUGUCAUUGACGGUGUCAGACGACCACCGAACGAGUUCCCUGAUGUGAUGCCUCGACGCAAGCGCAUCCUGGCUGAACUUCCGAUCGCCCCACCACCACCGCCACGCGAGCCCACGGCAGCAGAGGUCGAGGCGCAGACGGCAGCGGACAAGCAGUUGAUGGAUUACCUCAUCUGGCGAUUGACGCCCAUCUUGAGCGAUCUCAAAAAGACGUUCCGACGAUUCGCUCGUUCGCUCUACGACGAUUGGAUCGUCGAUGACAUGAACGAGCGACGCGUGCAGCAACAAGCCGGCAAGGAAAUCAUCGGCCACGGCAAGCAGCCUUACUUCAACGUCAACCUCGAGUCGAUGGCAGCAUGGCUCUACAAGGGGCAUUACUACACGCCCGACGAGUUCUUGGACGACAUCCUGCGCAUUCAAUACAACGCUGAGGUCAACCGUUGGACCGAAGCGGACCAGGACGCGCCGAUCAAAGCCGGGCAGAUGGUCAACCGAGCUCGAGUCAUGCUCGAUCAGAACUUUGACCCGGCUUUCAAGGCUGCUUGUGCCAAGAUGUCAGAGCGGUUGAUCGAGAAGGAGAAGAAGGGCCUUUCGAAAGCGAGGAAAACCCGCGACCCACCUCCCGCCAUCGACUUUGCUGACGGUGCAAAAGCCGCAGCAGCUGCCGCAGGCGGCCGCGUCACUGCCGAGCGACGCGUGAGCAUGAGUGGAGCUCCCAAGGAUGGCGAGGAGGAUGUUGCAGCGAGCGAGUUGCGUACGUCGACAAAACGUGCCCGCUUCGAAGAUGGUAUUCCAGGCUCGAGUGCCAUCAACGGCGGCGAAGAGUUUGAUGCCGAAGGACCCUCGAAGCGCCCUCGAGGCGUCGAUGGCAUAAUCGGAGCUCACACCGCGUUGGAUUCGACCACAUCAACUUCCUCGUCCGUUCCUAUCCUGCCUUCCGCACUCCCAGGUGGCCAGUUUGUCGGACUCGUACCAAACGGCGUAGCACCAACACCCAUCGCAGUAGGCGCCACACCCAGCCUCAACUCCGCCGAAACGCUUGCUUUCGCGAUGGCCCCUUUGGUUGGCAACGCUAUAGCCGGACCCUCGGGAGCUUCGAUAUCACCCAUUGCCCAUCCCGAAUCUGCCUCGGCUCCCGCUCCCGCUCCCGCUCCCGCCGCCCCUGCUGCUGCUGCGCCGUCGUCCCCGAUCGUCGUCGACAGUCGGACCCCUGAACCGGAGCCCCUCCCGGACUUCGUCCUUUCGUCCGACCGUGUCGAGAGCCUGUGGAACUACUUGAGCGAAGGCACCGAUGCACUCAACGUCGAUCAACUCGAACAAUUGCGAGCGGCGUGUUACGACAUCAUCUGGCAUGGCAAGACGAUGUGGCAGCGCGAUGCGAUGGUUGACGAGAUGCUUCAGAUGGCCAAGGAGUUCGUUGCAGAGGUGCAAGAGGCGAAUGAGUCCGAGUUCGGGUUCGGUGUUUAG